AUGGAGGAAAACCAAAGAAGCAUUGGAAAUAUUGUGUCAGCUAGGAGUUUGAUGAAUUUCAUUCCCCUCCAAAUGACUCUAGAAGCUGCCAUUGAGCUAAAUGUCUUCAGCAUCAUUGCCAAAUCAGGCCCUGCAGGAUCUCAUCUCACUGCAAAAGAAAUCGCUUCCCAAAUUCCGACUUCGAAUCCGAAUUCAGCCCGGAAUUUGGACAGAAUACUAAGAAUGCUGGCCGUCCAUUCCCUCCUCUCGACAUCUCUAAAACCGUCUGCGGACGAUGAGGCAUUGCAAGACAGGGCUUAUGGCCUCACAAAGGAGACACUUUGCUUGGUGCCGGAUGAAAAUGGAGUCUCAUUAGCUCCAUUGAUUAGUUUCAACUGUGAGCUUGACAUUGUGAAGAGCCUUUCCAUGCUCAAGGAUUCCGUGCUCGAACCGGAGAUUGUGCCCUUCUACAAGGCUCAUGGAAUCACCAUAUUUGAGUACAUGUCCACGAAAGCUGAGCUGAGCCAGUUGUUUAAUAAGUCCAUGGCAGAGAGUUCUAACCUAAAUUUUGAUGAGGUGUUGAAGGUUUAUAAGGGUUUUGAAGAGGUGAAAGAGUUGAUGGAUGUUGGAGGUGGAAUUGGAAAAACCAUUUGGAAAGUAGUUUCCAAGUAUCCCCACAUCCAUGGAAUUAACUUCGAUUUGCCUAAUGUUGUUGCUCAAGCUCCUCCUUACCAAGGUGUGAAUCAUAUCGGUGGAAAUAUGUUUGAGACCAUACCAAAUGCACAAUCAAUUAUGCUGAAGUGGGUGCUCCACAACUGGGAAGACGACCGGUGCAAGAAAUUAUUGAAAAGCUGUUUUGGGGCAUUACCAAAAAAUGGGAAGGUGAUAGUUGUGGAAUUUACAAUUCCAGAAGUAUUGGAGAAUACUAAAGCAGUGUUGAACAUAGUAACGUUGGACAUCUCAAUGAUGGCAUUGCCUGGUGGUAGAGAAAGAACAACGGCUGAAUUUGAUAACUUAGCAAAAUCUGUAGGUUUUGUGGAAACAAAGAUUUUUCCAAUCGCACAGGAGAUUUGUGUUAUGGAAUUUCUCAAGAGGGAAGAAGCAUGAUACAAAUAGUAAACAAACAAUGUGUCUUGGCUUAUAUUUUUUAGAACUUUAACAAAAAGUUCCCGAUAUUGUUCACUUUAACGAAAAAUCAUAUUUUUACACUAAAAAGUCAAUCUUGGUACUAUUUAUUUUACCCUUUAUUUUGUCAUUUUCAUUAAAACUCAAAGUUUUCAAGCAAUUUUCAUUAAUUUUCCUUAUAUUUUUUUAUUCUGCAUUAAUCUAUUAUCUUCAGGUACGUUAAUUGUUACUGUAUCUAUUUUUCUAAUCAUAUGCAUGAUCUAGUUUUGAAA